AUGGCGGCCACUGCCCAGAAGCGCCGGGCCCAGCAGCUGAAGAAGUGGGCGCAGUACGAGCAGGACCUGCAGCACCGUAAGCGCAAGCACGAGCGGAAGCGCAGCGCGGGUGGCCGCCGCAAGAAGGUGUCCUUUGAGGCCUGCGUGGCCCUGCUGGAGGCGUCGCUGCGCAACGACACUGAGGAAGUGCGCUACUUCCUGAAGAAUAAGGUCAGCCCUGAUUUGUGCAAUGAGGAUGGACUCACAGCUCUGCACCAGUGUUGCAUUGACAACUUUGAGGAAAUCGUCAAGUUGCUUCUCUCCCAUGGUGCGAAUGUGAACGCCAAGGACAACGAGCUGUGGACACCCCUGCAUGCUGCAGCCACCUGUGGCCAUACCAACCUGGUGAAGACCCUCGUUCAGUAUGGGGCUGACUUGCUUGCUGUCAACUCUGAUGGGAACAUGCCAUAUGACCUCUGCGAGGAUGAGCCCACCCUGGAUGUCAUCGAGACCUGCAUGGCGUACCAGGGCAUCACCCAAGAGAAAAUCAAUGAGAUGCGGGCUGCUCCAGAGCAGCAGAUGAUCACAGAUAUCCACUGUAUGAUUGCAGCGGGCCAGGAUCUUGACUGGAUAGAUGCCCAGGGUGCCACACUGCUGCACAUAGCUGGAGCUAAUGGAUACCUGCGGGCAGCUGAGCUCCUCCUGGACCAUGGUGUGCGUGUAGAUGUGAAGGACUGGGAUGGCUGGGAGCCCCUGCAUGCUGCUGCCUUCUGGGGACAGAUGCAGAUGGCAGAGCUGUUGGUGUCCCAUGGGGCUAGUCUCAGUGCCAGGACAUCCAUGGAUGAGAUGCCAAUAGACCUGUGUGAGGAGGAGGAGUUCAAGGUCCUCCUGCUGGAGCUCAAACACAAGCAUGAUGUGAUCAUGAAGUCACAGCUGAGGCACAAGUCGUCCCUGAGCCGGAGGACGUCAAGUGCAGGAAGCCGUGGGAAGGUGGUACGUCGAGCCAGCCUAUCGGACAGGACCAACCUGUACAGGAAGGAGUAUGAAGGAGAGGCCAUACUGUGGCAGCAGCGGAGUUCAGCUGAGGACCAGCGCACCGCAACCUACAACGGGGAUAUCAGAGAGACUAGGACAGACCAGGAGAAUAAGGACCCAAACCCCAGGCUGGAGAAGCCCGUGCUGCUCUCAGAGUUUUCUACCAAGAUCUCACGGGGUGAACUGGAUGGGCCCAUUGAGAACGGCCUCCGGGCUCCGGUCAGUGCCUACCAGUAUGCACUGUCCAACGGUGAUGUCUGGAAGGUGCAAGAGGUGCCUGACUACAGCAUGGCCUACAGCAGCCCUGGCAUGGCCGACACCACCCAGCCCUGGAGCGGCUUCAAGGAGCAGAGCCCCCAAACGCUGCUGGAGCUGAAGCGGCAGCGGGCUGCAGCCAAGCUGCUCAGCCACCCCUUCCUGAGCACCCACCUGGGCAGCAGCAUGGCCAGGUCAGGGGAGAGCAGCAGUGAAGGCAAGGCACCCUUGAUUGGAGGCAGAACUUCACCCUACAGCAGCAACGGGACCUCGGUGUAUUACACGGUCACCAGUGGGGAUCCCCCACUCUUAAAAUUCAAAGCCCCCAUAGAGGAGAUGGAGGAGAAGGUCCAUGGCUGCUGCCGUAUCUCCUAGUCUCCUUGUAUGGAAGAGAGAGAUGCCUUGGGAAGGGCCCCUGGAAUCCAGGCCAGCCCAACAGCCCUGGCCGGGGAGGCAUCAGAGGGCAGCUGGGGAGAGGUGGGCUCUGCUUUCCAGAGGAAUGCUGACCCCACUUCCCACCCAGCUGUCCAUAGCAGCCCCAUCCCCCUUGGUUUUGCUUCCUGCUGCAUUGUCUGCCAUUGGAAACCUAGUGGCCCUCACUCAUUCCGCUGACCUAUUUGGGGAGGGCAGGCUUGGGAUCCUGGUUCUGUUCUGGUAAACACUUCUUGGGACCAGUACUCCCAUGUCACACACACACACACACACACACACACACACACACACACACACUCAUAGUCAUGGCACACAUGUAGGGAUGACACAUACCGGGCUUAUCUUGUAGGAAGCAGAUAGGCUGAAAAUGUGUGGGCUAUUUCCAAAGGGAGUGAGGUGAAGAAAUCUUAGCACCUCUGCCAUGUGGCUUAAACAGGGGAGGGGAGGGGCUUGCUCAGUUGAGACCUACAGUCUUGCUUAGAGUCACACCAGAAUGUGGGCCACCAUCCACAUCUGGUAGGUCCUCUGUCCAGAGGAGCCAGCAAUCCCUGUGAAUUAGAUGCAACGUGCACGGGCCUGGCCUUGCAGCUUUGCUAAGAGCUUCCUUCCUGCCCCACAUCAGGAGACAGGAGGACAAAAAACAUAGAGGUAGGGGAGGGGUGCGGCAAAGUUGGUAUUUCCAAAAGUUCAUUUGAUAAAACCAUUCUUUUAGGUUGUAAACUCCAGGUGGGAGGAAACUAAAUUUGCCUUCUCCCUUGAUGGUGUCAUAUCAGGUUCUACUGGCUGGUGUUGGAAAAAAUGAAGCUCAGUGAGGAGCUUCUGCUGGAGGCUUUUUCCAGGGAAAGGAGGAAGUUCACAUCUGAGAACAUCACUGGUUAGCAGUGUCACCGCCCAGUGGCCUGGCUAGUCUUUGCCAUAUGCAGGCUAUUUUGGUCCAGUCCAUCUCUGCCAGCCCUCCUUAGACUG